CCGGAUCUGUAAACAAAUUUGCAUUCCCUGUUCCUUUAUUUUUAUCAGAACCUUGAGAACUUUAUUAAUCCGAAGAUGAGGUUACAUAAUCCAGCUGCAAUCGAUCAAUAAUGAAAAUAAAAGGUAUUUCUAUCCAUUAGAUGAUGAUAUGGAAUGGACAUUAUUCUUUACCGGAUGACUUGAUAAAAAAAACAAAAAUAGGAUAAAAUAUUUGUUGCAUUUUUAAUUUGGUUUAUACGUUGUUAAAUAUAUCAAUGGAGUAGUGAACAAUAAGGUGAAACAUAAAGAAUAAGGGUGAAGAUGAUCUCAAGAAACAAGUAGAGACCCUUUAUUAAUAGUUCGUUGCACAAUGACAGAUCAAACAUAGGCACUAGGAAAACAUAUAUAGGUGAGCGGAAAAGAACUAUUUAACCAAUUCAGAAGUGGUACUAUUACUACUCUCAAUUUUUGGAUUUUCUGCUGGUUUGUUAACUCCCUGAUUAUGACACUUCUUAUAACAAUAAAUAAGACAAUCCUCAUAAUCCCUCUGCUUACAAUGAGUCGUGCAAUAAUCAAAACACUCCUCGUAACCUGCAAAUGUCUGGCUUGUCGAAGCUAGGAUUACCAACAACAUGACUACAAGCAUCAUCUUCGUCUUCAUCUUCUCUUCUAGACUUCAAUGUAUGAAAAUUUCUCAGACUUAUGAGAGGUAUUGUGGAUGUUUAUCUGUAGCUAUUUUCACUCUUUUUCUUCCUCUUAUAAUUAGGACUCUACCCUCUCGUGGCUUCUUGUAAUGAUAGACAAGAGUGGAAGAAUUGGAUUUUCUUCUAUUUACAAGAAAACAGAAUGAGCAAUUUCCAUAUAAAAAGAUUCGAUAGUUUAUGUUGGAUAUUCUUUGCUUCUUUUCUAUUUGGCAAAAUCCUAAAAAUUUAUUUUCGUGGAUCCCUCUAUUAAAUGAUGUGUGUCUUUUAUGUGUUUAUGACUUUAUGGUAGUUAUCUCUAAAGGGUACCAAAGGGAAUGUACCAUUGAACCAUAAUAAGAUACAACGUGUCAUAAAAAAAUACUACCAAUUUAAAAAGACACACCCCGUCAUAAGAUACAUUAACAUAAAAAUUAUGUUACUUUGAAUGUAUACUUGAUCUCGAAAAGUUGCCCUUCCCGUUUAACAAACAAUAACAAAAGAAAUAUGCUUGAUCUCGGAAUCUAGUAUUAUUGAACUUAUUGAUUGAAAGGACGCGAUAUCGAAAGCUUGGUUUCCAUCAGAAACAUAAAGACGAGAAACUAUGGAUCGGGCUUAAAAUCAGUAUGAAUUGCUCGAACUUUUUCUUCCCGUUGUUGCUCGCAAUUCGAAGGACCACUAUGAUGGCACAGUGUAGAGCACCUAGCAAGACAAAUAGGAUAAGUAUGUUUGCAGAUGUCUUUCAUGCAAGCCUUUAAACAACACGCAUAACCUCCCGAAACUCGUUGAUUCAUCGAGCUCGAAAUCAUAUGCUAGGUUGAUGCAACACCAGAUACUUACUAUAAGUUACACAAAAGACAGUUAGAUACAUAAAAAAAAUGGAGGCUUUGAAGAAGAUGAGUCUGGUCAUGGUGUUGUUUGUGAUUUUGGGUUCAAUGACGAACCAACAACAAAUAGUUUCGGCAGAUCGACAAGAGUGUAUUGCCAACUGCUUGGCUCAGUGCCAGCUACCGCUUUACAGUCAUUGUGUUGAGUUAUGUAAUAAAUAUUGCGAUGCUGGUGAGGAGCUACAACAACAAUAUAAUCAUCAAAAAACAUAAAGUCCAACAAUCAAUAGUACCCAUUUGAUUCCUCUAUUUAAUUUGAAACAUAAAAUGGUGUAUGACGAUAGUUUGCUGAAUUAUGGAUUGACUGGGCUCUCUUUUUUGUGUACCCUUCACCUGGAUUGUUGUUGAAUGAAUAAAACAAAGAUUUGCAUUAGCCUUUAUGGGACGAUAAUUUUCUUCUGCAAUUGGUGUAUUGCUGACUGUUGUACUUGUAUGUGUUUUUCCAUUUAUGUUGAGGUACUCCCCCAGCUCCUAAAAAGGCAUGAGAUAUGUUUUUUUUCUUCUCCUCGAGACACUUAAACGAUACAGAAAGCCAAUCAAUUGCAGAACCAAACAUCGAUAUUGCAAUGAACAAUAAUAACUGCAUAAAUCAAAAUCAAAAAAUAUAGCGUUGACUUGCAUGCGGGUUUCAAGUCCGUCACUAAAACAACUAAUCAAUCUCCUUAUGAGUACAACCCUAAUUCAGUACACAAAUACGUACGUGUUUGAAAUAUGCAAUAACCAUUGGGCUCAUACUGAAAUAAAUUGGACCUAAUUAAUAUCAUGGAUCGCAUAUUAUUUGUUACACUUUACUUGCAUGAAAAAACCCAAAGCUUUACCACUUAGAAAUCUCUCCCAAGCACACUAGAUGGACCAUAUGAAAGUGAAGAACAAAGGUUUAUCACCAUUACAUCACCAAUCACCAUCAUCAGGAGGUAUGAACUCGAUCAGUCGCUUAUCAACAUUAUACACCACAGUAGCGGUAUUGUUGGUGGUAAUAGACUCUAUUGACAAUACAUCAUUAAAUUACGUAUUGAUUAUGCAAGUCUUUUUUUUUAAUAUUUAUUGAUUAUGCAAGUCAGUGUCACAUAUCCGCAAACACAAAAAAUAAAAUAGAGAGAGAGAAAAGGAAGGGGAAGUUGAUUAGGCUAACUCCAAUGGAGCCUCUAUAUUUGGGGGAGCCUCUAUAUUUGGGAGAAAGUUGGCUCCAAUGGAGCCUCUAUAAAUGGAGGAGUCUCUAUAUUUGGGGGAGAUCUCCAAAAGGAUCCCCAAAUUUGGGGGUGGAAAUGGGGGUUCCCCCAAAUAUAGAGACUCCCCAAAGCCCGCCAUGUGGCAUUUCUUUUCUUUUUAAGAUUUUAAGGGUUAAUUAGGGUUUAAUUAGGGGAUUAGUUAGGGGUGUAAUUAGAUCAAUAAUUUUCAAGUGUUGUGUGUAAACCCAAAUUAGAUCAAUCAUUUUUUGUCAACAAAAAUUUGGUCUCAAAAUUAAAAAAAUUUCUACCGGAAAAUUUGUAUUUAAAAAUGAUGACGAACUAUACAAAAAUCAACAUGAACAAAUUAUAUUAAGACUUCGAUAAGUACAUUUUUAAGUAAAUGGAAAACUUAAAAAAUAGAGAUCUCCAAAUAUAAAGGAUGUAGCAUUGGAGCAAAAGAAGGGAAAAUGGGAAUGAACCCCAAAUUUGGGGAUGAAGAUCCCCAAAUUUGGGGGCUUGCAUUGGAGUUGGUCUUAGCAAUUCUACAUAUGGCAAAAAGAAACUGGUAUACAAGUAAAUUGUACACAUACAAUGAUACUAUUGAAGAGAAUAUCACAGAGGAAAGAAAAAGGAAACUAUAUCUCUAUAUUCAUUGCACAAAGAUUCUUCAUUAUCUUUUUGUUAAAAUGGUUCCCUCUACAUUUCCAUAAAUGAACGAAAAACAGAGACCCAAAACUACACUAUAAAAAGGGAAAUGGAGAUGCUAGCUUGUUGCAAAACGAAAUACUAGAUACAUAUCUUAUUAUUACACAAAAGAGAGUUGCAUAAAAAAAAGAAAUGGAGGCCACGAAGAAGAUGGGCGUGAUCAUGGUGUUGUUUGUGGUUUUGGGUUCGGUGAUGAACCAACAACAAAUGGUUUCGGCAGAUCGCGCAGAAUGUGUUGCCAAAUGCUUGGUUGGGUGCACGCUGCCGAUUUACAGUCGAUGUGUUGAGUACUGCAAUGAAUAUUGCGAUGCUGGUGGGAACCUCCAACAACAAUAUAAUCAUCAUGAAAAAAUCAAGUCGGGCAAUCACUAAUACCCAUUUUGAUUCCUCUAAUUAAUUUGAAAGAGAAAAUGGUGUAUAACGACAGUUUGCUGAAUUAUGGACUGACUGUGCUCUCUUUUUUUGUACCCUCCUCAUAGAUUGUUGUUGAAUGAAUAAAAUAAAAUGUUGCAUUGGUUUAUGAUAAUUUUCCUCUCCUUUUGGUGCAUUGUUGUAUGUGUUUUUCAUUCAUGUCGAGGUAUUCCACCCACUCUGCUAAACGACACGACAUGUUUUUUUCUCGCGAGACAUCUAAACGAAACAACAAAUCAACCCAAUUGCAGAACCAAACAACGAUAUUGCAAUGAACAUAAAUAACUACAUAAACCGAAAACAACAAACCCCAUAGAAAAGAAAUGCAUGAUCUUUCUUAUCACACAUUGAACAACCCCAUUAACUUUCCUUCUCACAAAAAUCACUUUGUACCCCCCGAUAUCGACACCGACAAUAUAGAGGACCUUUAGAGAUCAAAGAAAGCUCGUACAGACUUAAUUACGGGUUCUUUGACUAAAACAUGAAGUCAAGGGCCUAUAAAACACGAUGAAACAAAGAAGAUGUCUCUGAAAAAUAUAGUUUUGACAUACACGAGGAUUUCAGAUCUGUCACUAAAACUAGAAAUCAAUCCGCUGAUGAUUACAACCCUAAUUCAGUACAUAAAUAAAAGAAAACUAAAAAAGUAUAGUGGAUCAAUAUGUGGAUCCCAACUACCAUCAUUUUCUUAGGACUACCUAAAAAAGAGCAAAGAAUAUCCAGCAUUAACUAAAUAUUAAAUGAUCGAAUCCUUUUAUACCAAAAUUGAUCAUUUUUGUUUCCUUGUACAUAAAAGAAAAUCCAGUUCUUCCACCCUAGUCUACCAUUAUAAGAAGGGAGGAGAGGUAGAGUCCUAACUAUAAACAAUUAAGAAGAAAAGGAAAAGAGCUACAGAGAAAUAUCCUUAAUAUCUCCCAAGUCUAGCAAUUCUCAUAUUGAAUUCGGAGGAGAAGAUGAAGACGAAGAUGAUGCUAGUAGUGAUGUUCUUAGUGAUUAUGGCUUCGACGAGUCAAAUAUUCGCAGGUUAUGAGGAGUGUUUUGACUAUUGCACAACUCAUUGUAAGCAAAAGAUUUAUACCGAUUGUCUUAUAUAUUGUUACAAGAAGUGUCAUGGUCAAGGAGGUAACAAAGGGGACAAUAAAAAAAUUGAGGCUAGUAAUACCAAUUUUAAAUUGGUUAAAUAGAUUUCCCCUCUCAUUUCUAUAGUGUCCGAGUGUUUAUGUCUCAUCUUCAUUGAAUUAUCAAUAAAUUAUCUCUAGUUUCUUGAGACCAUCUCCACUUAAUCGUUAAUUGUUCGUCUUAAGAACUCCAUACAUAUUUAACAACUUAUAAACCAAAAUAAAAGUGCGAGAAUACAUAUAUUUGAUCUUUCUAACCACCUGUUCUAUUAGGAACAUCGGGUAAAAUUGGAACAAUUCAAAUCCGAUUUAGCCUUGGAAAUAAUAAAAAAAAUUAGGCAAU